AUGGCCAUGGCCGGCGAAUCCGAGGCGGCAUCCGCCAUUUCGGACCCAGAAACGCGGGUGCUGAGAGCCGUGGACAAGGUCCUGGAUGAGUGGUUCGUCACCGGCCUCCACCGUGCCGGCGCGAAGAAGUUCAUCCAGGAGAAGAUCUGCAAAGGCAACAACGAGGAAUGCCUGCGAGCUCGUCAGUGGCUGCUUCUGCGCAUGAACGGCAGAAUCUGGGAGCAUGGCAUCCCCCUGAUGUGCCGAUCCGCGGAGAAUGUUCCGGGUUUGCGCAGCCUGCCCGUGUGGCCACGCCAGGAGACUCCCUGGCUGGAAGCGGUCGAGGCUUGGCAUGAGCGAAUUCUGUCAGAGCUCAUGGCGGUGCGGGCCGCGUCGGAGCGAAGUGGUUUCCAGCCCUACCGAGACCCCGCAGGGUCCAGCAGCGCUCGCAAGCCGGCAGAUGGCCUCGGAGUGGAAGGUGUGGAUCGAGGGAUGUGGAACGUGCUCUACUUGUUCCUCAAUCACAAGCGCUUUGAGGACAAUUGCGCGCGCUUCCCCAGCACCGUCGCCGCCAUCCAGGAGGCCUUUCCGCGCCACUACUCCCAUGCGUUCGUUUCAGCGCUCACCCCUGGGUCCCACAUUGUGAAGCACCACGGCCCCUCCAACCGCAUGCUGCGGGUGUGGCUGCCUCUCUGCGGCUUCGAGGGCUUUCGCCUGCGGGUCGGGGAUCAGAUCCUGGAGCCCAAGGCCGGGCACGCCUUCGUGUGGGACCACUCCUAUGAGCAUGAGGCCUGGCACGAGGGCACCGAGACCCGGCUGGUGCUCAUCGUGGACAUUUGGCACCCGGACCUUCGGGAUGCCGAGGUGAAGUUCCUGGGCACUUUGCAGAGCUGUCGGCUCCGUGCGGGCAAGACUUUGGCUGAGAUGGAAGAGCGUAGUCUCGAGGAAGCCACGUACUUCGAGAUCGUCGAGAAAGCGCGCUCGCUGCUCACAGACGACGACUGGUGGGUGGUCAAGGCGCAGCGCGACCCUACGAUCCCACCCACCUGA